GCACAGGGAGUCCACCUGGAAUGUGGAGCCAGACUCAGAUCUCAAGGUGCAGUCAGUCAUAUGACUCUGGAGCUGGAAACUAGUUCCUAGAAAAACUCAUUCAAUAAGUUUUGUGAUCUUGAACGUGUCGACCUUUUGUUGGCGGAAGUCAGUCAGUCCAGUGGUGUUUUCAGCUCCAGAUGUGUCUCGGGAAGCAUCUGCAGGAGGAUGGAUGACAUGUUUGUUGUGUGUUGUCGAGCUCUUCUUCUUCACCUGUGCGACUAAAGGCCGACCUGCAGCAAGGCACAGACACAGAUGGAGGACCUGAGGAGUCCCGGGAGUCCGCAGCACACAGCAGCCGGAGAGGAGACGAGCUCACCGGACGCUCUCCGGUCAGAUGUCCGCCUCCAGAGGAGAGUAGCAGCGGUCAGCUCUCCGGCUCUGUCCGCCGCACGGCUCACCUUACCGGGGGUCAUGGACGCAGAGGGGAGGGUCGACGAGUCCAGGCUGAGGAUGCACAUCUUCAAAAACGGUGGCAUGUGUCCCUCUGAGCGUGGCCUGGUGUGGCGCUUCCUGUUCGGGAUGUACCCGUGCAGCUCGACAGCGUUAGAGCGCUCUCUGCUGCAGGAGCAGAUGGUCGUACGUUACCGGGUCAUGAAGAGAAAGUGGCAGCAGUUCCUUCCAUCGGCCGUGCGGAUGCACCUCAACGGCACUGACGCUGAGUUGGUGGCAGCAGUCAGGUACUUUGACCAGAGGCAGGCCCAGGCCCAGCAACAGACCCAGGACCAGUCUGAGGAGGUCACGGACAGACUGGCUUUCUUGGAGCUUCAGGCACAGAUACUGUUCGAGCGGGUCACGUUUGACCAAGAGGAGCUGCGGGAAGCCACACGAAUCAUUGACAAGGAUGUGCCGAGAACUAACCGAGACCUGAGCUAUUAUCAGGGUGAAAGUUCAGGCAAUCUGUUGGUGCUGAGAGACAUCCUCAUCACUUAUGCUGCUUUUCAUCCAGAGGUCAGUUAUGCCCAAGGAAUGAAUGACCUGUGCAGCCGGUUCCUGGAGGUUCUCGACUCAGAGGUCGACACUUUCUGGAGUUUCUCGUGCUACAUGGAGAAGUUCUCCAAGGACUUCAGGGCGGAUGGUCUGCACAGGAAAAUAGAGCUGGAGGCAGCCCUGUUGAAGGAACUGGACCCGCAGCUUUAUGCUCAUUUGGUCACAGACAGCAUGGAGAGCUUCACCUUCUGCCACAGGUGGCUGCUGCUGGGUUUCCAGAGGGAGUUUGAACACAGCGACGCACUACGUUUGUUCGAGAUCCUGAGUUGUGACCACCUGGAGCUCAUCUCCCAGCAAGUAGACCGAGCCCGUUAUCAGGAAAGGCUGGAACGAAAAUGCAGCACAGAGGACCAUUCAGAGUCGGAGCUGCAGGCCAUCAACACCGACUUCACCUUUGAGCUCUUCAUCUGUGCAGCCAUCCUGUUGGAGAACAGAGAGUCUCUGCUGCGGUGCCGAGAUGACGUGCAGCUCAUCCAGUUUACUAGCAGCCUUCAGGGAACUCUGGACCUGAACAGCACGCUGAAGAAAGCAGAGCACCAUUUGUACAACUACUGCAAGCGCUGUGCUUGGGACUAUAUGAAUGGGUGCUGCAGAGCAGACAAGAGCAAAGAAGAGGACUUUCUGUAUCAACUCCGUAGUUUACUUGUUUUAAAGUGAUUGCUACUAUUUAAAUACCUGACGUCAAAGACUCUUCUGAAGCUGUAAUUGGUAACAAGGGACAUAUAAUCCCUAUUUGGAGUUUUGAUGGCACAUUUUCUAUCUUUUAUUUCUGAGAGAAACACUGAUGGCUGCUUAGAUCCGUUAUUGCUGUUUAUUAUAAAUGUACAGUAUUUAUUGAAUGACAGUUGACCAACACUGACUGUGAGUUAUUCUGGUUGUUCUCCUGAACUGCCAUGAAUACUUAAUCUCAAUAUCUUAGUAGGAGAUAGGAAUCACGUUUUAAAGGAUUUGUUUUUACGGGUUAUGUAAUAUUCAACUGCCAGAAGAAAACAACUACUCACCAGACACGUGUGAAUACGAGGAUCUGGUGUGUCGCAACAGGUGGUGUCUGUAACGAACUGCAGUUAUAUUUAAUGCCAAAUGGCACGUGUCAGAGAGGCCUGUGUAACAAGAAUAGUUUUUGAGCGCUGGCAGGGGGACCAUGCAGUAAGGGGAAGGAAAAGUUACUGCACUACGGUGUCUUAAAUACAGAUUGAAGCACAAAUAAAUAACCUGAAAACCUCAAUAAAACUAUUGAAGAUUGUUUACUA